CUAUUCUCACUGGCCACGGUCCAGCUUCCUUAGAGUCUGAAGGACAGUAAACUGGCCCUUUGUUUAGGAAGUUUGGAGACAUAGAUUAUACCAGUGUUUCUCAACUCCAGUCCUCAUGGACCCCCAACAGGUCAUGUUUUCAGGAUUUCCAUUAUUUUGCACAGGUGAUUUGAUCAGUUUCACUGCCUUAGUAAUUACCACAGCUGUUUCAUCUGAGGGAAAUCCUGAAAACAUGACCUGUUGGGGGUCCAUGAGGACUGGAGUUGAGAAACACUGCAUUAUACAGAUAUAGUCCACUGCUGGCU